CUAUGGCUCAUUGUUGAGGCUCGACCUGUCGUCAUCAUUACCCCUUACUUAAAACUAUAAUACGGGAACUUACCACAGCUCAACCACAAUCGGCACGCCUAACUUUACUUUUUACCUUUCGUUUGGAACCGCCCCAUCCAUCUUUCGUUGCGAACCAGUCCACCUCUCCCCACAACUUCCCACGCUCCCACGACAUGUCCGAUAAGGCUAUACCAGAUCCAUACAAGGCCCUGGGCAUCACUAAGGAUGCGACUAUCGCAGAAAUUAAAAGCGCUCAUAGAAAACUGGUGUUGAAGUGCCACCCAGACAAAAUCAAAGACGAAGACCAGCGCAAAGAGGCCAUACCCGAAUUCCAGAAAGUUCAAUCGGCUUACGAGCUACUGUCGGAUGACAAGAAACGAGCGGAAUAUGACUACAAAGUUGAGUUGCAAAAGCGAUCGGCAUUCCCUACUGAGGACGCAGGCUCGUCUUCAUACCACCGACCUUCAGCAUUCACCAAAUCUUAUGAGUAUCGAAACGGGGCAGUCUAUGAGGAGCGCGUGCCUAAAAGUAGCUUCUUUGACGACAUCCCUCUUUCUGAAGAACCUCGACCCUCUUCCAGGAAGUAUGAUGGAUACGAGCGGAAGCAGAAUACAGAGCAAAAGGAAAAGAAGAAGUCCAGACAUGUCGACCCUCCAGUAUCAAGCCGUUCAAGCAAGGAACGUGUACGUGAAACUCGCGAAUCCGUGAAAUCGAGUCGCUCCGACCGCGCAAAACAUAGAGACAAAGAGCGGAGAAAAGACCGGGAACGUUCAGAGAAAUACCCGAAAGCUUUCGUGGUCAGCGAACCUGAAGAUGAAAAUGGGUUUGAUUCGGAUAAUCAAUACUAUGCCACCCCAAAAACACCGGAACCUGAAUUUAAGGAUAUUCGGACGCAACGCACGUCAAAUUCGAGUGAACCAGACCCAAAGCAAACCAGAGAUGAGGAAUAUUCCGAUGAAUGGUCUUCGUCGAAACUAGAUGAUGCGAAAAAGUAUAUUCAACGGUCGAAAAACAGUGGAUAUUCAUACGAAACUACUGAACGCCGUCCGUCUACUUCGUGGCCCUCGCCUUCUGCUUACUAUAGCCCACAUGUCGAAACACCACCCCGACGUUCCUCAGGUAGGACUCGAACCAGAGACUCUGUACGCCCCAGCUCAUCAGGAAAGGAUCGUAGAGGAUCUGCCGACGUCCAGGAUCCACCCUUGAAAUCCUACCCUAUCCCACGUCCUCCUACUCUACAGACUGCCACUUCCGCACCUUCAGGUUUGAGAUUUCCCUUCCCGAUCUCUACUAGACCCAGUCCAAAGCGACAUGCUCCUCGCCGAUCGGAGACCAUGCCAUUUCCAAACUUAUUCCGCCGGUCCGAAACUCUGCCGACCAGACCCUCAAAAAUGAGAGAACCCCAGGACUCCGGGUAUUCAAGCCCCGGUACUCCAGAAAUGCACUCGGGAUCAAGCCCUCCAUUGCCUGGCAGAUACACCGUCGUUGACGAAAGUGAAGAAUAUGUAUCUCACCGCGCCGUCCGUAUCGAACCAAAUCCUGGUCUGUACAGGCGGAACAAGAGCGUGUCCCCAACCCGCCACCCGUCCAUGCCUGCCCCACCGCAUCCUUCCGGAUCUAGAACGUACAACUACCCAAUCGAUCCUACAUUCAUGCCAGCGCGUCACGAUCCAUCGAUGCCCAUGCCUUCAAUGCACAACCCACCGCCCAUACCAGGUGGGCUGAACCGAGAUGGUUUGUUUGGGGAGGUCUUACCGGGCCAAUACGAUCGUCCCAAGAUAAUAAUCCCCGAGAGUGAUAUCCGAUAUGCGCCCAGAUUCCGCGAAGAGGAUAUUAGUUACAGUUACAGUCCGAGAAUGGGACCCGCAGACCCCAAUGUGUAUCCAGAAACGUAUCCGCGACCGCACGGUACGCGAAAUGAGUCGGUUGCGUGCUGA